AGCUGCAGUCCAAAGUACAAUAUUUUAUAUUAUAAUAUAACAUUUCGUGGUACUUUUAAAAAUAGUAUAAAGGGGGGGAAUAAAAGAAGAAGGAGCGGAGGGCGGGGCGAAAAGAAAAUCAAACCAGCUCGCUUUGCGCCUCAGCCAAUCAGCUCCCAGGGCUCCGUCCCCCUCUGUCCAAUGGGAAGUCUCGGAGAGAAGGGCGCUGACGUCACCAAGGAAGAGUCCCAUUGACUCCUUUGGGACGUUGGAACCUUCCUAGUUGAAUCUUUGGAGCCUUCGUCCAAUCAGGCGCGGAGGGCGGUGCCGACGUCACCGAGGAGGCGUUCCUCCCCAUUCAGUCCUUUGGACGGGCGGCGGUGACGUCACAAAGGCGGCAUCGGGGAGCCCCAUUCAAUCCCUGGGAACGUUGGAGGCUCUCCGGGGGAGGGGUUCCCCUGCUUUCCUCUCCCAGGGAUGGCUCCUCUGCCGCCAGAGCCCGCUUUGGGCGCCCUGCCCCCGGCCUUCCUGCAGAGCCUGCGGACCCUCUUCGACAUCCUGGACGACCGGCGGCGGGGCUUCGUCCCUCUGCGGGAGAUCGAGUCCCGGUGGCUGGGAGCCGAGGCCGAGCUGCCCCGAGGGGUCCUGGAGGGGCUCCGCAGGGCCGCCCCCCCCGACGGACGCCUCACCUUCCCUCGGUUCGUCCUGGGGCUCAGGGCCUCCCUCCUCAGCCCCACGGAAGACCAGGAGGAGAAGGGGCCCAGGGCCAGGGGGGCCUCCCGCAGAGACCACGCCGCAGAGACCUGUGGGACCCAGAUGUUGGCGCAGUCUUCGCAGAACGAUGCCACCGCAAAGGGAGCCCUGGAGACCCGGCGUCAGACGAGAAACCGCGGGGAGCACCGCAGGCACACCAUCACCAACGGCGUGGACUACGGCAUGCUGAAGCGAAUGAAGGAGCUGGAGAAGGAGAAGGACUUCUUGCUCCAGGGGCUGGAGAUGGUGGAGCAGGUCCGGGAUUGGUACCGCCACCAGAUCCACCGGAUCCAGGAGCGGCAGAAGCACCUGGCCCAAAGCAAGGCCCACAAGGAGGUCCUUGCCGAAGGGAGCCAAAGUCACCUCCACCACUUUCUGCCCAAACUGCAGGAUCUGAACCAAUGUCUCAGAGAGCUGCUCUCCUUCUCGGCAAAGCCUUUGAGUCCGUGUCCCGCGGCCACAAAUGGCCCGACGUCCAUUGCCACAACCUCCCCUCCUUUGGCUGGGCCACAACAGACCAUCAAUAUGUUGAAGGAACAGAACUGGCUCCUUACUAAGGAGGUGACCGACAAAAGCGACCGGAUCACUCAACUGGAGCAAGAGAAAUCUGCCCUGAUCAAGCAGCUCUUUGAAGCUCGCGCCCAAAGCAACCGGGAUGCCAACCUCCUGGAUUCCACCUUCAUCUGAUGCCCACCUUUUUGGGGUGGCAUGUAGAAUUAAGGUACAACAGACAGGCAGACAGGCUGUGUCUGCAAACUCAAUGCACAUUCUGGGUCUGGAAUUUGCAGUUAUUAGACGGUGCAUUUACAACUUGCUUCUCCGGACACUUACAUCUCUUCAGUCUUUGACAAAGGCCUGAGGAUGAGGGGCGUAUGCUCCUUUUUUGGUUGUUGGGAAGCAGCACUCAAACCUAGGCCUACAUUGUUUUCCAUUUGGACAUUUCCCAGAACCAAGUUUGUUGUCCAGGAAUACACACUCCAGGAUGAGAUUCUGCUUUUCAUUUCAUUCUUCUUUCGACAUGCGUCCUUUGUCUCAGUGCCAACAUCCAAAAUGAGCAAACCUCUGUUUUUGUUGCUUUCAGAAAUCUCUUCUUCGGCAAGAGAAAGGAACUUAAAUGGCUGCAUUUCUCUAAAACGUUUCUGACAACAUUCCAAAUUUUGGGACUGUACUUUGCCUUAUGAACCCAUAUUCUAGAAGCAAGGAACACAACUGGAAAUCUUUACUUUCUUGUUUUUUUCACUCCGGUGUGAAGACUUGCCGUUUGUCUCCAAGAGUGCCUCUGAUUGUGGGCAAAAUGCUUUUUUCCCUCCAGCACUCCCUUCGUCUCAGUUGGAUUCCAGGUCAUCCUCAAACCUCUUCCAGGCCUUUACCUGUUUUCUUCUGCAAAUUUGGGAUCGAAAGUCAGUCGCAUGCUGGGUUCUGUUUCUGACGCAGGCCAGCUGGAUUGUCUCCAUGAUGUCAACACAAGAACCCACUUGCUCUCAGCAUCAAAUUGAAUGCAACAGAUAGACUGCCUUGGAAGAUGGAGGUCCCAUUGGGUCAUCGCAGCAGCUUGUUACUUAGAACAGGGAUCUCUUCUUUGCAGGUUGCCUUGGCGGACAUUUUUGGGCCAAGAUGGCUAUGACCAAGACUGUAGACAUGAAGAGCCGAAUCUUUUUGACUGUUUUGACCUGGCGCUCCUGCCCUCCAGAUGUUGCGUCUACAACUCCCAUCAUCCUCAGCCAGACACAUGGGAGCUGCAACCCAAGGUAACCUCUGGAAGGGCAGGAUUGCCAGGGAUCUUCUCCAACCUCUCUCUACCUCAAGAUGGUCUUGGAAGUUUUGCAGAGGCGCUCUUCCGUCCUCAUUGAAGCCAGUAGAAGAAGUCCUCCAUCUACAUCUGGAGCACUUUAUUCCAGUUGACUCUAUGGGAUCUUGUGCCUUGCAAGGAACAGAGUGUGAAGGCUGUUGAUCUUAUCCCCCCAAAUACCCUGCUGCUCCCAGAAUCCCCCAUCCAAAAUGACCAUCAGCCUUGCAUUUCUCAGCUCUAUACAUUGGGGCUCUCCAUAUUUGCUGGGGACAGGGGCACAAGGCCCUUGUGGAAGUGGAAAAAACACAGAUAAACAACUGUUUUAAUGUGAGAGGACACCUCUCUAGGAAUCUGUAGUUCCUCCAGCAGAAUUGUAUGGUCAUCAUCUGCCAUAAUUUGACCAUAGGAUCACACUGGAGGAUCUACAAAUGCCUAGAGAAGUGCUUUCUCUAGGAAUCUCUAGGUCCUUCAGUGCAACUCAAUAGGGUCAACAUCCAGCAGAAUUGCUCUGGAGGACUUAGCAAUUCCUAGAGAGAACAUAUUAAUCAAAUCCACAAAAGUCAAAGCUGCAAAUGUGGAGGGCUGACUCUAUGUGCUAAUAAUGGUGAGUUUUUACUCUAUGAUUUUGUAAAACCUCCCUUAAAGCCUUUGGGAGCUGGUUCCCUUUGUGCCAAGGAGUUCCACAAAUUUAAUUAUGUAUUGUACAAAGAAUUGCAUAUUCUGAAAUCUGUCUCAAGUUCUGUUGUUGUUUAAUCAGCGAUUGGAGAUAAGAAGCUAUCACUGAUUGGAGAUAAGAGCAGAAGAAGCUUGUGGGUCCAAUGCACUCUUCAUUCCUGAUAUAGAGCAGUCAUUCUCUGAACGUAACCCACUUUUGCCAGCAGGGGGUGCUGUGAAAUCGCCUUUCAGACUCUUAUAGUGCUGUAUUUUCAUUUGCAACCUUUAUAGUAAGUGCAGAGAAUUAAGGCCGAGGCUACGCAGGACAGCGUCACUCGGUGUAAUUGCAAACGAGUUUUAUUAUUUUCUUUUAUAGUUACAAGGUAAAGCCCAACUUCAACUCUAAACAUAAAAAAAACUAGUUACAAGGGGUGUGUGUGCAUGUGUUUAGGAGUUUUGUGACUACCAAUAGCAUUGCGUUUAGUUGCAGUUAAUUCGUGGGAAAGUGGAGGGCUGCUUUAAAAAUUAUUAACCAUUGGUGGUUAUAGCAAAUAUACAGUCAGCCCUCCAUAUCCCCUGAUUUUUUUAUCCAUGGAUUCAAGCAUCUACAGUUAAAAAGAUAUAAAUCCCAAAAAGCACAACCUUGAUUCUGCCAUUUUAUAUAAGGGCCACCAUUGUACUGUGCCAUAGUAUAUAAUGGGACCUAGGCAUCCACAGAUUUUGGUAUCCAUGGGAAGUCUUGGAAACAAAUCCCAGCGGAUGCAGAGGAUCCACUAGAACAUGAAUAUAUAUAUAUAUAUAUAUAUAUAUAUAUAUAUAUAUAUAUAUUUAUAUAUAAGCAUGCACUCCAACAUUUCACAGAUGAAAAUGGGGACAAGUGUGGCCAAGCGAUAUCAAAAAUGUAGUCAAGACGGUAAAAGUUACUAAUAAGUCUGAGCCUGCUUCACAUGAAAGUCAUUUGUACAAAGUGGUGUGUGAAUAUACUAUGCAUACUGAAGUAUUCAGGUACAGGGUUGAAUAUAUGCAGCCUAUGCAACUUUAUGCAGCCUCCUUUACAUUUUUGGUUUACGGUUUUCUUUCUUUGCUCCCCAUUUUUAUUUCAAGCCUUUUGACUCUUCUUCCCCCAAGAGUCCAUUUUAUGCCUUAAUGCAAAGGUUCUUUAUGGCCGCAUCUCUUCCUUCUUCUUUUUUAGCGGGCAUUUUGGCCUUCAACUCUCUUCCUCCCCAGAGGCGUUUACAUCGAAACUUUUAUAUCUAGUUUUUGGUCUUGUAUGUAGCAUUUUUUAAAAUGGUUUUCUUUUUAUACUUGUUGAUAAUGUUUGUCAUCAUGGAGGACCAUCCUUCUCUCCCGCCCACAAAAAAUAAAUGAUAUAAUGAGCCUGAAA